AUGUCUUUCACCUCAACCGCCACUGGUGUUGCCCCCACCAGCCUAAACCUCAAUAUGUUUGAGAAGAUUGAUGAGAAGAAACCAAAGUCUCCCUCUGUUCUCACAGACGAUGAGGAUAUCUUCUCCUUGGACAUGGUCACUAUGGACAUGGAAUUUGACCAGGCCUACCUGAUGUACACCCAGAUGCAGCAGAAACAUGCCCUUUCAGGUGUGGAACAGCUCCAGAGAGCCAAGCAGAGCCAGGAGCAGCAUCACCAGCAACAUCAUCAUCAUCAUCAACAACAACCACAACAGCAGCAGCAACUGACUCAUGAGAACCAGCACAACCAGCACAACCAGCACAAUCAGCAACAAGUGUAUGGAUUCUACCCUGAGCUCAACGACUACGACAGCGUUCCAGGUCUCCCGCUUCUCCUGCCACCAAGCGAAUCGAAAGGUCUCUUUGACGGGCAGAAGACUGCCAACCCCUUGACCAAGGAAGACAACAUGGACCACUUCUUCCUCAACACUGAGCUGAAUGCGUUGGAAAAGUUCUUGGACAACUUGGCCCUGUCUUCAGGUAACCCCUUGGAGCUAUACAACAACCACCAGGCUCCUCCCCUGCCUUCCUUGUACAAUCAGCCCAUGCACACGAUGGACCCGCUCAGGAAGCCUGAAACCCGUGAUGUUCCCGACUUUGUCAAGAAGGAAAUCACUGACGCUUUUAGACACCCACCUGUGCAGAGCUUGAAGAGCUUUGGUUCUGAGCAGUCCCAGUCCCAGUCCCAGUCCCAGUCCCAGUCCCAGUCCCAGUUGCCUACGCCGCUUGACUCGAGACAGCUGCUGGCUCUGGAGAAGCGUACGCUGACUCAGCUGGAGCUCGAUUCUCCACCAUGGCUGCCAUCUAGCAAGAAGAGAAGAAAGAGCUCGACCAGACCGCUCCUCACUUUGGAGCAGAAGAGAUUGAACCACUCCCACUCGGAGCAGAAGAGACGUCUCUUGUGCAAGCAGGCUUACGAGAGAUGUCUUCGCUUGAUCACCAACGUUGACGACUACAAGAAUGACUUGGUUUCUGCAUCUGCCGUGACCCUGCUGAAGAAGAAGAGCAAAAGAAAGCAGAUCAACAAGGACGGCUUGCCCAACUUGUCGAAGCACACGGCGUUGUUGAAGGUGAGUGGCGAGAUCAUGAAGAUCAGUGGCAAGAACGAAGAGUUGAGAAAACUCUUAGCACAGUAUUGA